UUUUCAAUUCCCUGUUCUGCUAUUGACUCCUGCAACUAAAAAAACCCAGCAAAUUUGUGGGAUCGGAUUUCACUAUGAAUCCCGAAUCCUAUCGUUUCUAUAUAUUUUCUCUCCAAAAUUGCUUCUUUUAAUUUCUGAUUCGUGGUGGAUUUUGUGGAAUUUCCCAGGGUUUUGUAUUUUAGCCGCGUAGAAAUUUUACGUAUCUUAUUAGCUGUAAAUUCGCGUGUAAUUAUUGUGCUUAUUGGAAUUUCGAUGGCCGAAGCUAAAGCUGUUGGUGUUGGUAAGAAGAAACACUUGAAAAAAUCGAAAGAGGGGAAAGGUGGAAUGACGAAAUUGGCAGCAAUUGGGGCAGCUUUGGUGGUGGUUGUGGCCAUUGCUAUGACGUACAAUCAUUCUCAAAUUCACAAGUCUUGCCAUUGUUCUCAGGAUGCUCGAAAGUAUACUGGUAUUGUUGAGGACUGCUGUUGUGAUUAUGAGACGGUGGAUAGUCUUAAUGAGGGUGUACUGCACCCUUUACUACAAGAUCUUGUUAGGACUCCAUUUUUUCGAUACUUUAAGGUUAAGUUGUGGUGCGACUGCCCCUUUUGGCCUGAUGAUGGUAUGUGCAAGUUGCGUGAUUGCAGUGUAUGUGAAUGUCCAGAAAAUGAAUUUCCAGAACUUUUCAAGCGGCCGAUUCAGUAUGGUUUGUCAUCUGAUGACCUAAAAUGCCAAGAGGGGAAGCCACAGGCAGCCGUUGACCGUACUCUGGAUUCUAAGGCCUUCAGGGGCUGGAUAGAAGUUGAUAAUCCAUGGACCCUUGAUGACGAGACUGAUAACAGUGGGAUGACAUAUGUUAAUCUGCAACUGAAUCCCGAGAGGUAUACUGGCUAUACUGGACCUUCAGCUAGAAGAAUAUGGGAUGCUAUAUACUCAGAAAACUGUCCAAAAUAUCAAUCAGGAGAGAUUUGCCAGGAGAAAAAAGUUUUAUACAAGCUAAUUUCUGGCCUUCACUCCUCAAUUUCAAUUCAUAUUGCCGCUGAGUAUCUGCUCGAUGAAGCUAGAAAUAAGUGGGGUAGAAAUUUGGAGCUGAUGUAUGAUCGUGUGUUGAGGUAUCCUGAUCGUGUGAGAAAUUUAUACUUCACUUUCAUGUUUGUUCUCCGAGCUGUGACAAAAGCUGCAAAUUACUUGGAGCAGGCUGAAUACAAUACUGGUAAUCUCGAGGAGGACCUGAAAGCACAGUCUUUAAUGCGCCAGCUACUGUACAACCCAAAACUACAGGCUGCAUGUCCACUCCCGUUUGAUGAAGCUAAAUUGUGGCAAGGACAAAGUGGGCCGGAGUUGAAGCUUGAGAUUCAAAAGAACUUCAGGAACAUCAGCGGUCUGAUGGAUUGUGUUGGAUGCGAGAAAUGUCGUCUUUGGGGUAAACUUCAGAUCCUUGGUCUUGGAACUGCCCUGAAAAUUCUUUUCUCCGUUGAUAGUAAAAAUCAUCCAAACAAACCACUGCAACUGCAAAGAAAUGAAGUGAUUGCUUUAGUGAACCUUCUUCAUCGACUCUCAGAAUCUGUUAAACUUGUCAAUGAAAUCGGUCCUUCAGUUGAAAAGACUGUGGAGGAGUUUACAUCAGAGCCUUCAGUGCAAGAAAUUAGUUUACUAGAAAGAGCACAGCUGGCAGUAGGAAGGAUUCGGAUGAUCCUUCCACUGUAGCUGGGCAUAGUUUGUAUGAAUUUUGGAAGCUGUUAUCGAGCAUUUAUACAUAAUACAGAUCGAGCCGCUGUCGUUGACCCAUCUUAUUAAAAAUGACAAGCUUUUAGAGAAGAGGCUGUAACUUUUUUGACAACCUAAAAAACAUUUUUACCAGCAAUCAUAUUUCUUGUUUUUUAGUGUUUUGUUGUCCCAAAUUGGGGAGGCUUCGGAAGAAUAGUAUGUUUUGUAAUGAAGAGAGUAGCCAGCAAUUAAAAACCCUUGGUAGAAGCAAAUUGUAUUUACCAUUUUCAGCGACUUAUUCCUUUUUCA